UUCCGUCUCGGGAACCACACUCUGUAACAGCCUCUACCGCUGAGAGAUGACAGAGCCAAUCUCCGCGCCCGCUGCACACUCACGGCCCUGGGACUGGGAGCUAGGAGCUGCAUAGCACUGCCACUCAAGCGAGCACCGCAGACGCAUCGCACCAAACCGGGCUCUUUGAUUUUGGAGCAAAGGGGAACUAAAACGCGCGACAUCAAGGAUUUAAAGAGGACUCUAUCCCACUAUUUUUCUCACUCCACCAGAAAGCAGCCAUUUGUUCAAUGUCAUCAUGAUCAUCUUCUCGUCGCGCAGUGUACUACUGUCAGUCUACUAUCCACAGAUUUUCCUCAUACUUACGAGUGGGAGCUACCUGGCCCUGUCUUCCGUGGUGGCGUUGGGUGCCAACAUCAUCUGCAACAAGAUCCCUGGGCUGGCCCCUCGCCAGCGGGCCAUCUGCCAGAGCCGCCCGGAUGCCAUCAUCGUGGUGGGGGAGGGCGCCCAGCUGGGCAUCAAUGAGUGUCAGUACCAGUUUCGCUAUGGCCGGUGGAAUUGCUCCGCCCUGGGGGAGAGGACUGUCUUUGGACAGGAGCUGCGAGUAGGUAGCCGGGAAGCUGCGUUCACGUACGCUAUCACGGCCGCCGGCGUAGCCCACGCCAUCACAGCGGCGUGUAGCCAGGGCAACCUUAGCCAGUGUGGCUGCGACCGGGAGAAGCAGGGUUACUAUAAUCAGGAGGAGGGCUGGAAGUGGGGAGGCUGCUCGGCGGACAUCAAGUAUGGCGUGGAGUUCUCCAGGAGGUUCGUGGACGCCCGCGAGAUCAAGAAGACCACGCGACGGCUGAUGAACCUCCACAACAAUGAGGCAGGGAGAAAGGUCCUAGAGGAGCGGAUGAAGUUGGAGUGUAAGUGUCACGGCGUGUCAGGCUCCUGCACCACCAAGACCUGCUGGACGACCCUGCCCAAGUUCCGAGAGAUCGGCUACAUCCUGAAGGACAAGUACAACGAGGCGGUUCAUGUGGAGGUGGUCCGGGCUAGCCGACUACGCCAGCCCACCUUCCUCAAGGUGAAGAAGACACAGGGCUACCGCAAGCCCAUGGAGACCGACCUCGUCUACAUCGAGAGGUCACCCAACUACUGCGAGGAGGAUGCGGCCACGGGGAGCGUGGGCACCCAGGGGAGGCUGUGUAACCGCACCUCGCCCCACACGGAUGGCUGCGACCUUAUGUGCUGCGGCCGGGGCUACAACACGCACCAGUACACCAAAGUGUGGCAGUGCAACUGUAAGUUCCAGUGGUGCUGCUUUGUCAAGUGCAACACGUGCAGCGAGAGGACGGAGGUGUUUACCUGCAAAUAGAGGGGUGUGGCAUAACGGACCUACGGUACGGUACGAUGAUGGGGAGGGGCGUGACAGGACUAGCUGGAUGAGGAGGAAGACCCCCAGAGGAAAGAUAAAUGGACAUGUCUUGGAACAGGAACAAUGAAAGAUUUUACAAUAAAAAAGGAAUGGAAUUUUUCAUAUCAGCUCUUCAUGGCAUCGUUUUGCACAGCAGAAUCUAAAUUUGCUUUUUAAGAAAGUAAAGGCUAAAUAUCAAUAGGUAAUAAUACUACCCCAGAUCUUCGACUGACUGAGAAAAAAUAAUGUGUGCUCAUGUAGUUAUGCAUUCAAAGUGACUCUAAAAGUUGGGACUACAGGAAACAAAUGGUGCCUGGACGGGAACUGUGCAUUGCACUCUGGGAUUUGUAGUUCUUUAUUUCACGGAAUGGCUUUUAAAUGGAACAGAAAGAGACUGGAGAUGUCGUAGAAAACUACAGUAACUUGAGGGAUGAGACUCUGGGAAAGAGUCAGCUAAAAGUCUUCUAGUGAGAACUCUUUGGAGUUUUCUUUUGUUUUUCCAUAGAGGGAGAGAACAGAGGUGAAUAUUUGAGCCCCCAAACUGGAGGUGUUUUCUUUUUGGAGUUGUGUAGACAUGAAGAACGCUGUGUUAGCGUGGUGCCUUGGGGCGCACCGAAAGCUGAGUCUCUAUAGUAAGCCCUCUGCUGCCAACUGGAACACGGUGGAGUAUGUUCGUUUUCCAGUCACACUGGAACUGUCUGUUUGAACACUGAAAAUAAAUGGUUUAUUUAUGUUAUAGUAUCUUAAAACAAAGCACUAACGGGUAGAAAUGUCUUUUUUGUACUAAGUGUAAAAAAUACUUUUUAGAAAACUCUGACUGAAGAUUAUGCGUGUCUUUUAGAAAAUGGUCCCCAUCCCACUAUCAAUCCCCCUUUUUUCUAAAAUGGUUUCAUUGCGAUUGGUGUGUUGACUACAAAAAAAAUCAACAUUACAUUGUAUUUCACAAUUAUAAUCAAUCACAUUGGUUCUAUUUUGCUAUAGCAUAGCUUUUGUUUGCAGUCAUUUAUGAACCAGAUGGUAGACCUACAUCCUGUCUGGGUUAUUUAGCAUUUUCAAGCAUAGACAGUAGCAAGAGCACUCCUUUCUUAACCGCAAAGAUCCUUCCUCAAUUCAUUUAACGUGAUAUUGAUAUGUUGCGGCAUGUGUUGUCGAGAGCUGCACUGAUAUUAUUUUCUAUUCAGAUACGACUCAAAUGAAAAUAAAAUUAACUCCAAUUUGACUGAGUUUUGAAAUGUAUUGCAAAGAAAAGCAAGACUGAGAAUCAAAGUGAGUGAAGUCUGCUGGUCUUGAGAGGAAAUGUAAGGCUUUAGCCAAUGGCUUCAUUAAUUCACUGCAUACAAAGCUGUGAUCUCAUUCUCAUCUGUAUUCAUUGGUUGUGGUUAUGCUAUACAAAAGUGUCAUGUUACGUAGAGCUUCAGUGACAUAAAACAUCAGAACACAUCAUUUUGGCACUUUAUCAUAAUCAAUCAUUAUGCUCAUCAUCUAUUUUUCAUGCUUAAGCUUCAUAUGUUGAUAAUAGAAGAUAUGUUUUCUGCUGAUUUGAGAUCAUGACGAUGCAAAGUUUACCUAUCAGAUAGGCCAGUUUCUUUCUUGUUUCAUUUUCUUGGUUUUAAUAAGAUAGACAGAUCUGUCAUAGUGUGCACAGUGAAUAAUAAACACUACAUUUAGGUGAAGGUGCUGUUUUAUUGUAGUAAUGAUGUAAAUCUAGUACUUUCAUAGUUUUCAAUUAUGGUGUCAAUGUAGAUGCUACUCCAAUACAAUAGGAGUUUAAUGAACUGGAUAGUCUGCUGACUAAAGCUAACUAUUUAAUGCCAUCUAGGGCGGCAGGUAGCUUAGUGGGUAAGAGCGUUGUGCCAGUAACCGAAAGGUCGCUGGUUCUA